AUGAACGGCCAUUUAGAUGCGUCCGGCUUGAAGGACAGGUCGAUCAUUGUCACAGGAGGUGCUUCAGGCAUAGGUCUUGCAGCCGUCAGACGGUUUGCAGAAGGGGGUGCCUAUGUCACCAUCGCAGACGUUCAAGAUGCUGCCGGGAACAAGGCGGCUGCUGAUCUCAAUGCCAAGGGCUACCACGUCUCCUUAGUCCACUGUGACACAACCGACUGGGAGUCGAGUGUAGCUGCGUUCAAACAUGCCGCUUCCUUCGGCCCAAGCAAAUCCCUGGAUGUCGCAGUUCUGAACGCCGGCAUAGAAGGCGACAGGGGCAGCCUGACAGACCAGGUCCUGGCAGCUCCCGAGCCUUCCUUGGAUCCCGAAGUGAUCCCAACACGUCCAAGGCGCAAAGCAGCGGCUGUGAACUUCUUGGGGGUAUACGACAAUUGCUGGUUGGCAUUGCACUAUAUGCGUUUGCCGUCGAAAGUUGAAUCAUCGAACACACAGCACAAAUCAAUCAUCCUCACUGCUUCUCUGGCAGCUUAUGCUGACAUGCCCGCCUCUUCAGAUUAUAAUUCUUCAAAGUUUGCCGUCCGAGGCCUCUUCCGAGGGCUCCGACACACAACUGCUGCGCUUAAUGUCCACGUGAACCUGCUCGCACCUUACUGGAUCAACACACCCCUCGUUCAAUCUGUUUUGCCAGCGUUGGAGGCGAAGGGGGUGAAGCCAGGUCAUGGAUUGACAUGGGCCAGCAUCGAUCAUGUGGUGGACGCCAUGGUUAGAUCCGCCACUGACCCAAGUGUCGGCGGUAAGGCUUGGGGGAUUUGGCCAGAGGGCUACUUUGAUAUGGGAGAGGACGAGGCGGGGGGCUGGGCAGGAGAUCAUCUGAGGGAGCAAUGGAAGAUCCAGAGGUCAAAGGGCGACAUGCUGUGA